CAGGUGGAUAAUAAACAAAUCGUGAAAUAUAAGACGUCAUUACUACACCGCCUUCCUUCUUGGAAUAUAACCAACUUCUUAAUUGCCUAUUUUUAAUUGGCAAGUUUGUAGUGCCUUGCUACGCCCUCCGAUAAAGGUCAGAUGAUUUCGUCUAGCGGGUAAAUAUGUUCAUCAUGUUCAUGAGAUCGUGAACCCAUGUCCACGGUGAACCUAAAUGCAACCGCUAUACAAAACCGUACCUCGACCACAUAUGAUCUUAAACUUCCUGACGAGUUUUGAUUAACUUGUUAUCAUUGUCGCUCGCUGUCACCUUUUCCCGAAUUCGAUUUUUAGUCUCAGUUCGUAGAUCGAAAGAACUUUCACUUAUUGACUACCACCAAGAAACCACUGAAACAAGUCUGCUUGUUGGCCUCUGCGCACAGAUUGUUAUCAAUAAGUUUCCUACUCGUGGAAGCUUUUUACCUACAUAUCAAAACAAUGUUCGCUGAUCUCUGAACUGCAUUGUUUCACACAUUGAGAAAGGAUUAUUCCAGUCAUUCGUGCAAACAACGCACUAACACAGGUAUUCCAGCAGAGGAAGAGUUAACUCACUGGACCCUAUUCUAAGGACUUUGAUCAUUUCGGGAAUCUCCAAAUCCAGUCUUUUUAUUUUCUAUCACCUCAGAAUCGUUUCGUCGCAUUUUACUUUCACAUCGACCACUUUCGUUUUCAUUUUGGAUUUAGCCAACUUAGAUGUGAGGAUUUAUUAGGAACAUGUCACUGAAUAUUACAGAUGUUCCCUCUCCACCCCCACCUUCGACUACCAUGGCUCCGGUUCAACAUCAUAAAGCCAUGGAAGACAUCUGCAUCACCUUAGCCGUCUUCUCUCUCAUCAUCAUCAACAUAUCACUUUUCCUAUUUUGGAGAUACAAAGCAUUGGGAAAGUCUCCUCUUCCUUUUCGCCGAUAUUCAACAGAAUCCGAAGGCUACGCAACCCUUCACCAACCAGUUAUGACCAAAGACAACAUUCACUCUGCCAAGCCUCAGCGUCGUGUUCAGGAAGUCCUGAAGCAGUAUGCUUCCACGGUAGUCCGGGCAGGUCAGAACCACAUCGCCAGGAAAUCCAGUGGCUCUUUUUACGCUUCUUUCAGCGGGGAAAGCAGCCCCGAUGCCUCGCCGGUCCAUGCUGCUAUCUCGUCCGAUACCAAAAAGAAAGCCGCCACUUUACCGUCAAGGAAAUCGGAAGAGCAAUGCAGCAUCCUUGCCUAUGAACAAUGUCCAGCGCGGCUUGUUGAAAGUGGAGUUUAUGAUGAUAAUUCUAUCAAGUUUAAGUUAGGACACCCGGAAGAUGAUAGCACGACGACGGGUGGCGAUAGCGAUAGUCAGGUUUAUUGCGAAGUUGUUGAUUUCGCUGGAAGGCGUCACGGAAGACACAUUCGACCUAUAUCUUUCGACUUCUGCAAGGACCAAGAUGAUUCGCGUAGUCUUGCUUCACAUAACAACAACGAUGUUAGCCUCAGUGUGGAGAGUCGAGCGACAGAUGAUAGCGGUGGUAUUGAAAAUGUUUAUGAAAACUUUAGAAAGAAGAAACCAACUUCGAAUUUUGCGUCGAUGACCACCAGCAAAGCUUCCCCUUCCCGGGAAUCAAUCGCCGCUAUGUAUUCUACAUGCAGGACUGUCAGUGGGGAUUACGCCACUUGCGAUGCGAGUGGAAGCUGGAGACCAACGUCUUUCGCGUUUUGUCGGGACGCUCCCCCAAGCGUCGCGGACACAACACUUUCAAGGACGUCAAUGGCCUCGGAACAGUAUCCUCAAGAUGAGAACUCCACUUAUGAGCAGUUCGUAGAGCCGGAUGAUCCAAUAUACGCGCAAACUGUGAUUCGCAGGAGCAAGAGAUCUGUAAAGCAAUACCCUUCUUCACUUCCUCGUGAUGACAUACUCAGCUCGCAGCCUUUGUACGAGCAACCGGUUUUUGAACAACCCCUGUACGAGAACUUGGAGAAGAGCGAGCAAGAGGAUGGGGGCGAGACGGACCAUAGGUACAGCUCUUUGCACUUAGCUGCCCCCAUGAACAGUCACUUGACGGCUUCAGACUCGAAGAUAAACGUCAAUUCGGAUUCGCGAAGAAGUCGUCGCGGACAUGCCGGCGGCGGUGCGGAAAACCGGCGAAUUAACCCCAGGGAUUCCGCGAAACCCGUCAUGGACAAGUGUGGUGAUGUUUCACCGCACGCGACGAGUCCUGGAGUAAAUAUUCCGGACACCAACAUGACAUCAAACCAAAGUUCAUUCCAUACGAUAGCUCGAGAACUAGCUGGACUUCACGAAGACAGUAUUGAAGAGUAUGACCCCGAAGAAACAUUUCCGGUGAUGCAGAUGCUUUCUGAUCGCUAUAGCACUGGAAAUUUCCUCAACAAAUUUUAUUAACCCGUUCCUAUCGGAAUAUUUUACAAAGCAUGUGGGUAUUACUGCAUUCAGUAGUUAAACGAUUAAGUCUUGGUUGCUCUUUUAUUCUUUCAUAUUAUUGAUAUGAUAAUUAUAAUAAUAAUAAUAGUAGUAAUGGUUUGCUCUUGUGUAUAGCUCUUCUGCCACAAAACGGAUCUACAUAAAUCUGUCUAACAUGCAGUUUCUGCAAAAAAGGAAUAAUAACAAGGGCUGGGUAUCUUAACAUAAUAGCGAUAAUAGUCUCCACUAUUUGUAACAGGUCAUAAUCUCUUCUUAGCAUGCUAAGAUGGAUUUCGAUUGCCAAGGAAAAAAAUAUUGAUUUUGUCAAGAGAGGGCGAAUCCAUAUUUCGACGAAUGGACAACUUUACUCAAGCUGCAUACUCCAUUUUAGAAAAAAAAUAUUUUUAUUCAACGCUGCUUACUUUAUGUACUUUACGUUAGUUAAUAAUAGUUAAAACAAGUGUUGACAAUAUUAAACAAAGUUUAAGUGUUAUAAUUUUUAAUGUUCAAUAAAUGAAGCAUGGUUGGUCAAGCUGUUAAACAACCUUGUAAAUAUUUUGAACAACGUGUUAAUGUGUACACAAUCAGAAAUAUUACCUAAUCGACGGUGAUUUUCUAUUUCGUUUCAGAUUAUGAAAAUACCAAACGGCAACGUGUAUUUAAUCUUGACAGUAGUUGUCUUCUUGUCUCUCCGUUUCUAUUUAUGCCGUAUCUUAGUUGGAGGACACUAAUAUAUUUUACAAAUCGUAAUAGAGUUUAAUCAUGUAUAAUGCGUUACAUUUCUGACCAUGAAGACAAAUACUGUACAUUUGGAGCAGAUCGAUUUUAUUUAUUUUCUAAUACGAUAGUUUGCUCAAGAAGUUGUUAGUGGUCAUACUGGUUCUACCUAUUUUAGAGGAUUUUAUAAUUAAAUUAUGUAUUAUGUGAAA